ACCGGCCUUAUUCAAUUGUUUUGAAAGAUUUACCAGUUAUAUUGUAGAACAGUUUAUUGCAUUAUUUGUGGGACUGCUGUUAUCCUACUUGAUAUUUGGUUUUGUUCAGAAUAGGUACAGAGAUAGAGUCUCUGUUUCCAGGGCCAUGUCAAAACUGUUCAUAGAUGAUGUGGGAAUUGGGGAAGAUUUGCCAGUUAUAUUGUAUAAGAGUUUAUUGCAUUAUUUGUGGGACUGCUGUUAUCCUACUUGAUAUCUGAUUUUGGUCAGAAUAAGUACAGAGGUACAGUCUCUGAAUUCAGGGCCAUGUCAAAACUUCUCAUACAUGAUUUGGGAAUUGGGGGUUUUGGUGUCUUUAAAAUGAUGUCACGAGCAUUUUAACCCACUUGAUCUAACUGUAUAUUGUAAUCAAAAUUAUUGAGCUUUCACACCUUCCAUUAGAUUGUUACCUAAAUACAUGUUCUUGAUUGCUGCCAGUGUCCAUCUUAUUGAAACCUCUAUCGACUGAGUUCCCAGAAUUUAGAAUUGAAGAGGUGAUUAGCAAUUUAGCACUACUUGCUGGAAAAUCUAUGGGUACUGAUUUUGUUUGUGCCAUUUAUUCCACUAUUUCAGUAAUUUUACUGAGGCUAGGGAACCUGAGGAUUGUAUGUUGGGAAUCUGAGAUUAUGACUUGUUUAUAUGAUUUUUGGAUUUAAUCCUGUUAAAUUUUUUUUAUCAAUAUUUUGGAUCAUAUCUAUUCUUUUCUUUUCUCAUCAUGAUGAUAGAUUAUGAAACAUGAUCCCAAAUGUUGAUCUAAACAAACUAUCACGAACUGUGGAAACUUCAGAUUCUGGAGCAGGUUUCAUCCUUUUUUAUAGAUCAUUCGAUUUUUUAAUUUUUUUAGGAGUACAGUAUUUCUCAUUUAGCUGAGAAGCUAACCGUUCGUGGGAUCAUUCUUGGAUGUUGAUUGCGAUUGAAAAAUAUAAAUUUCUGGCCAUAGUUUUUUAAUAGUCAUACUAGUGAUUUUGUGAUACUUUAUGAAAAAAUAUUAAAUUUAUAAAAUUACAUCUAAUAAACAAAAUUAUCUAUUGUGGAAAGUUUUUUGGUAGGAAAAAACACUAGUAGUAGCAUUGGAAUAGCAAGAUAAUAAGGGUGAGGUCUUAUAAGGGGGCUCCAGAUCUAUUUUUAAGGGGUGGAGGUUUCAUGAAGUUAAAAAAAAAAUUAAUUGGAUUUUUCUUCUAAAAAUUAGCAGCCUCUACUUUUUAGGGCUGUAGAUUUGAGCUGGUGGAAAAUGUGGGGGGCUAAAAAUUGCCCCAUCAGCUCAGGUUUUUUUCUCUCAAGCCUUUACAAUUUUUUUAUUUUUAAUAUUUCUUUACUCAUGUGAAUUGAAUAAUACUAAAUAACUAAAUGAAUGAGACCACCAGCUUUCUUCCAAGCUGUAAACUUUAUAGGUCUAAACUACACUACAAAAUUCAUAGGACCAUCCUAAAAAAUCUCACUAGCACCCAUUGAAAUUAGGUUGGAAACUAAGAAUAUUAGCUUGAUGACAAAUGAUGAAAGGUGAGGGGGGCUUACGACUCUAUUUUCAAGGAUAGAGAGGUCCCAUGAAAUAAAAAAUAUAUGUUUUUUAAAUUUUUAUCAAUUAAUUCUUUUAUUUUUUAUAUUCAUUUAUUCAAAAAAAUUGAAUAUGUUAAAUAACAAAAUUCAUGAGAGUACCAGCUUCCAUAAAUUUGAGAGCUUAAACUUAUAAAACUUGCACUACAAAAUUAUACUACCCACUUUAAAAUAAUCUUAAAAACUUUCAAUAGCACCCACUGAAAUUUUUUAAUAAGCUCUCCUCAAUAGAAUCCCACCAUAAGCAAUAAUUUUUUAUUUUUAUUUUUAAAUCCUGAAUGUCUUUUACAUUUUAACAAUAUUAUAUAUAUUUAUAAGUUUUAAGACCUUUUUUCUUAUUGUGACUAUUUAAGAAACAAAAUUUGGACUCGUAUUUUUUAUUGAACCUUGCGUAUGGGGUACCCUGCCUCUACCUGGGGCAUUGGGUACCCACUUUCCAAGGAGUACCUGGUCCAGGAUUCGAACCCUAUUCAACCCAUAUUCAGGUAUUGGGGUGCUGGAGUGAGAACUUGGUAAACGUAGCUUUGCUGUUAUGAGGCUUGCCAAAUGUUAAACUGGACCCACGACAAUUCGACAUGCUUUUGUUAAACCGUGGACAGGGAUGUCAAGUGCGCAACAAACGUUGUCUGGUCAGGCAUUUGGUGCAAAGAAAUUCAACCUUCUUGGGGUUUACCUGCAGCAAUCUUUUAUAGUAAUGAAUGGAACUGCGCUUAUAUUCAGUUUAGUGUAUUUUUUUGCAGCACCUCUUCUUAAGGUGCUGGGGCAAUCAGAACAGGUGGCUGACCUGACCGGACAGUUUGCCCUUUGGUCACUUCCUCAGCUAUUUGCAUAUGCAAACUAUUUUCCUCCUCAGAAGUUUCUACAGUCACAACGAAAAGUCACGCUCCAGGUUGCGAUCUGUGCAGGUUCAUUGGCUUUUCAUGUUUUCUUGAAUUGGUUGCUAAUCACUAAGCUUGGGUUUGGACUUCUUGCGUUGGCUAUGACCUUGAAUGCAUCCUGGUGGUUAGUUGUUAUAGGACAGUUUUUAUAUGUUGUGAUUGGACCAUUCCCAGAAACAUGGACUGGGUUCUCAGUUGAUAUCUUUCAUGAUGUUUGGAGCUUUUUAAAGCUUGCAGCUUCAUCCGCUGUGAUGGCAUGUGUGGACCUCUGGUACUACAGAGUUCUGGCUCUUUUAACUGGAAUUCUGAAAAAUCCAGCAAUCGCAGUGGAUUCAUUUUCUAUAUGUUUAAGUGUAUAUGAAGGACUCAUGAUGUUCAAUAGCCGUGCUGCAACAAGUGUCAUAAUAUCAACUGAAUUAGGAGCUGGGCGUCCAAAGCGAACACUAUUUUCUGCCUGUGUUUGUCUAGGCAUAGCGAUGUUACUUGGGUCCAUAUUUUUCAUUUGCAUUAUCAUAGCUAGACAUGAUAUAGCAUCCAUCUUCACCAGCAAUGCCACCGUUGGUCACACGGUGUAUGAGUUGUCAAUAUUCCUUGCAUUUACACUGCUUAUCAAUAGUGCUCAACCAGUUCUGUCAGGAGUAGCAGUUGGUGCAGGAUGGCAAGCUUAUGUGGCUAAAGUGAAUAUAGUUUGCUAUUAUUUUAUUGGUGUUCCUAUUAGUGCUCUUCUUGGGUUCAUGUGCAAUCUCCAAGUGAAGGGAAUUUGGAUGGGACUCCUGGUUGGGACUUCAUUACAGAUAUUGACACUUGCAUUUAACACUUACCGGACUGAUUGGGAUAAAGAGGCUAAUGCAGCCAAAAAUCGUUUCAAAGUAUCAGGAAGAUCUCGUCUGUGCUCUAAAUGAAUUAUGCCUUACCUUCUUUCUGAUUUGAGGUGCUCAAACUUUUGCAUGACAUGCAAAUCUUUCCCAGAAGAAUGCUCAGUUGCAACAUCAGACGCGAUUUUUGGAAAACUGUCACAAGCAAAAUGAUAGAGCCAAAAUGUAGCAACUCUUGGGAAUUAUGCUGUGGCAUUGAAUUUUACUAUUUAGUAGCGAAGAAUGAAGGCAGCUAUAGAGGCACACAAAAGAAGAUUCAUGGUAAGCAUUACCAAUUGGAUUUUUUUUAUAGGGACGAAUUUAAUGAUUUGAGUUAAAAGGGCCACCCUUAAACAGCACACACUAAGCGUUGACCAUCCGUUCCCCGUUUGUCCCGUUUCCGUUAGCAUUCAAAUUCUAAAAUUUCUCCCGCACAUUAAGUAUAGUGGAUUUCAGUACGUGUUUGCUGACAGCCUUGGGCAAUUUUUAUUUCCUAGUAUUCUUCCAGCUUGUACCAAAAUGGGAGCUCUGGCAUCAAGGAAAGGUGAGUGUGAUGAGCUGGCACGGUGGGAAAUGCUCUGGCAAAAAUAUGCAAACUGUGGAAGCACAGACAUGGUGCCUGAACUUUAAAUAAUAUAUUUGUUAUUGAUGGUCU